AUGGCCUCCGUAUUGUUUUUCUCUCUCCUCCUCUUUCUCUCCCUCCCCUCCGCCACCCUCCCCCAGUCCCCAGACCAACCCACUGCAGCCUCUGUUCCCCCUGAGAUCCAACAAGCAUGCAAGGCGACGCGCUUCCCUAUCCCAUGCGGGAACGCUUUGACGCAAUCGAAGCGCGUGGCAUCCAACCCCACCUCUCUCCAGCUCAUCCAGGCCGCCAUCUCGGUCUCCUCUGACAAGCUCCACAUCAUCCAGUCCAUGGUGAAGUCCAUCCUCGAGUCCUCCACCGGGAGCCAAAACCGCACCAUUGCCGCCAAGAGCUGCGUCGACCUCCUCCACAACUGCGACUACCGGCUCCGGACCGCCAGCGAGGCCCUGCCACAUGGCAGGGUCAAGGACGCCAGGGCCUGGUCGAGCGCUGCGUUACAAUUCCAGUACGAUUGUUGGGCCACGCUCAACAGGACAGCCGACACGAAGAUGGUGAACGAGACGAUAACACUUUUUGACCCGAUUACUAAGCUCACAAGCAACGCGAUAAGCAUGGUGUUUGCGUACGACGUUUACGGGAAGGAUACCAAGUCGUGGGCCCCGCCCAAGACGGAGCGCGACGGGCUCUGGGAGAGAAACGAGGCAGCUGGCGGAGGAGGGUCCACCGCAAGUUUCAAGGGUGGGGUUCCGAAGAAUUUGAAGGCGGACGUGACAGUGUGUAAGGAUGCCACUAAGGGUGGUGGGUGCUACAAGACGGUGCAGGAAGCCGUGAACGCGGCGCCGGAUAACGGUGGGAAACGGAGGUUCGUGAUAUACAUAAAGGAGGGGGUGUACGAGGAGACGGUUAGAAUUCCGUUGGAGAAGAAGAACGUGGUGUUUUUGGGAGACGGGAUGGGCAAAACGGUCAUCACAGGGUCGUUGAAUGUGGACCAGCUUGGGAUUUCCACCUACGGCUCCGCCACAGUUGGUGUUACUGGUGAUGGAUUCAUGGCCGCUUGGCUCACAAUCCAAAACACCGCCGGACCUAAUACCCACCAAGCAGUGGCCUUUAGAUCCGACAGUGAUUUAUCCGUCAUCGAGAACUGCGAAUUCUUGGGCAAUCAAGAUACCCUCUAUCCUCACACCCUUCGUCAAUUCUACAAAUCAUGCCGCAUCCAAGGCAACGUAGAUUUCAUUUGCGGAAACUCCGCCGCAGUUUUUCAAGAUUCCCAAAUCUUAGUCCGUCCCCGGCAAGUCGAUCCAGAGAAAGGCGAGAACAAUGCUGUCACUGCACAUGGCAGAAAUGACCCGGCCCAAGCAACCGGUUUUGUUUUCCAAAAUUGCGUCAUCAAUGGCACUAACGAAUACAUGGCAUUGUACUAUAAAAACCCCCAAGUGCACAAGAGUUACUUAGGGAGGCCAUGGAAGGAGUACUCGAGAACCAUUUUCCUAAACUCCAACAUAGAAUCUCUUAUUACACCAGAAGGUUGGAUGCCUUGGAACGGCGAUGUUGGAUUGACAACGCUUUAUUAUGGAGAAGCCGGAAAUUCUGGACCAGGAUCUAAUUUGUCCAAGAGGGUAACAUGGAGUAGCCAGAUCCCAGCAGAGCACAUUAACACAUAUUCGGUACAUAAUUUUAUUCAAGGAAAUGAGUGGAUUCCGUCGUCUUAAUUUACUAUCUGUAAAUCUAGGCAUAAAGAGUAUCUCAAAAAGAAGCCGUCACUCAGAUGCUUCUCCUCGAAAAAUAGUUUUGAGAGGAGGAAAGUAGUAUAUCUCCUCCUCUUCCCUUCGCCUGUUACUUUCCACUCCUACAUAUAAAGUUCAAAGAACACUAUAUGA